CCCGGUCCAACCUGCCAAAGGGCAAAGACACUGACUGUCUAAACUUGGUCUCUGUCACUCUGUCUCUCCAGCCUUUUCCACUUGGGUUGCAUUAAAAAGACCAAUGUCAGAAAAGUUUUCAGAUCCAGGACCAACUUUUUGCUAAAAGAAAGGAAACGCAAAUUUAUUUAAGUUGUGAUCACUGUUGGCUUAAGAGUUUUGCACUUUUUUUCUCUAAACAUUUAUGCUGGGAUUGCCAGCAGGAUCAAAUCAUUUCGAGGAGUGAGGGAAAAUCCUGAUGUUCUGUCUUCAUGGAAACUUAAGCUGCUCAGAGGAUUGCCUUUUGGGAAGGAUUUAAUAUUGGCGCCAUGACUGAAGCAGCUGAAGCACGAUCGUCAGUGACAACCACCAUGGUCAUUGACAGCAAGGCGGGAGACGCCGGCUCCACGACUGUCCGUGUGCCCAAGAAAACUUUUACAGAGGACCUCCACUCGACCUUCAGCUCCCCUUUAGCCUGGAUCCUGGUUCUGGCGCUAAUCAUCACUUGGACCUGCGUGUUCAUCAUUAUGUUUGAUGUGGCCGACUACAAGACCAUUGCAGAUCGCCCUUCUUCCGGCAUCAGGAAGGUUUUAAAGGAUUCAGGGCGCAGAGGAGGUCUCAGCAAGUUCAGUUCGGACCCUGUGAAGGUGGUGAACGACGCCGUGGAUGAGUCCACCAACGUGAUCAGCGCCGUGUUCAGUUUCGCUGUGAGCCUCAUUGCUCCAGAGGAAGAGGAAGGGACGCUGUAUGCAGUGAGGAAAAAAGGAGAAUUUCUACCACCAAGAAGCAAAGUUAUAGGAAUGCAAGCUCAGACAAAGCUAGAAAAGUUAGAAGAAGCAGCAAAGGAAGAGGAAGAGGAAGAGGAGGCAGAGGAAGAAGAGGCCACUGAGGGGGAGGAAAAGGAGGACCAGGAGGAGGAGGAGGAGGCUAAGGAGGAUGGGGAAGAAAUAGAGGAAGAAGAGGAGGAGUACGACGAGGAAGGAUAUUAUGAGGAGGACUAUGAAGAGGAUUAUGAGGAGGAGGAUGAGUAUGAGUAUGAGUAUGAGGAGGAGUAUGAGGGGGAAGAAGAUGAAGAAGAGUUAGCCGAAGAUGAGGAAGCAGAAGAAGAUGAGGAAGAGGAGGAAGAAGAUGCUGAGGAGGAAGAAAUAAAUACUGGGAUAGCCGAUGAGGAAGAAGCAGUGGGAGUGGAGGAGGAGGAUGAUGAGACUGAGGAGGAGGAGGAGAAGGAAGAGGAGGAAGAGGAGGAUGCUGAGGAGGAGGAAGAGGAGGAGGAGGUAGCAGACACCGAAGAUGGUGAAGAAGAGGAAAAAGAAGAAGAGGUGGAGGAGCUGACAGGAGGCAUCCAGGAGGAGGAGGAUGAAAAGGAGGACAUGGAGGAGAAGACCACAGAUGAAGACAUAGAAGAGGAUGAAGAUAAAGUUCCUCCAUCAGCUUCUGUAGAACCUGAAGAUGAAGAUGAUGUGAAGGAGGAGGCAGGAGAGGAAGAUGAGGAUGAAAAAAAGUUGAUGGAAGACACUGCUGCUGAUGAAGAAGAGGAGACCAUUGAAGAAGCUGUAGCUGCUGAUGAAGAAGAGGAUACCACUGAAGAUGCUGUAGCUGUUGAUGAAGAAGAGGAGACCACUGAAGAUGCUGUAGCUGUUGAUGAAGAAGAGGAGACCACUGAAGAAGCUGUAGCUGCUGAUGAAGAAGAGGAGGCCACUGAAGACGAGGAGGCCACUGAAGAAGAUGAGGCCUCUGAAGAAGAGGAGGCCUCUCCUGAACCCGUUUCCACCUCAGAGGAGGAAGAGGCAGCUUUAUCUCCAGAUUCAGAUUCUGACGUUCCGGUUGCCGUCGAAGACAGCGACGAAGAUGAGACCCUGCCUGACGAUGAUGAUGGCAAAGACGAAGACCAAGGAGAGGAAAGCAGCGACGACGCCUUCGUGGAUUCCUCAGACAUCAGUGAAUCAGCGCUUCUUUCCAGCGAGGAAGACGACGAAGACGACAGACUAGCAGCGACGUCAGACAGCGACGACGUAAUCCUGGAGGACUCUGAGGAAGACUUGGAUCUUGAUCUUCCUCCCACAGCAGCUUCGGGUGAUGACGAGGAAGAUCUCAAAACUACAGGUGAGGAAGACCUGCCUCCUCUACCACCUGUUGAUGACGACGAUGAAGAGGACAUAAAGGUCUUUGACGAGGAAGAUGACGACAGCGAAGACGAUCUGGACCAAUCAGAUGACGAGAUAUCCGUGGCUUCCUCUGACCAGUUUGCUGAUGAUGAAGAUGAAGGUAAAGAUGAAGACUACGACCAGGACAUCCUCGUCGACCUUGAGGUUGACGAAGACGAGGAGGAGCUUGACCAAGCCGCUGAGGAUGACGAUGCUGAAGAAGACGUGGAAGAGGAGGAAGAGGCAGAUGUUCUUCCGUUUGUCAGCUCAGACAGUGGAGUGUUGGGUGACGAAGACGACGACGACGACAGCGCUCUGAAACUCGACGAAGAAUCCCUGAGUGAUGUCACGGGCGAGGAAGACGAGACCGAGGACGACGAAGAUGUCGAGACGAGCUCAGACGAGAUCGGCUUCGACGAGGACGAGGAAGAGGGAGAGAUGUCAGAAACAUUUGUUGCCACAGAGGAAGACAUAGAUGAAGCAAAGGAACCCUCUGAUGAUGAAGGAGAAGACGAGGAAGAGGACGAUGAAGAUGGGCUUGAUGACAUCCUCCUGUCAGCCACCGUUGCAGCGGCGGUCACCGGCCAGGAGGAGGCAGCAAAGACCGAGGCCGAUGAUGCUGAGGCUGAUGAUGAUGAUGAGGAGGCUGAUGAAGACAGCGUGGAGGGGGAUGAAACAGAAGAAGCCGAGACCAGCCAGCCUGCUGCUCCCGAGGAGAAGGAUGAGGAUGAGGAUGAGGAAGCUGAAGAACACGUAUCUAAGCCUCUGAAGUCUGCAGACAAAGCCGAAGACGAGGACGAGGGGUACGAUGAAGACGGAGACGAGGAAAAGGCGACGGUGGAUGUGAUGAAACCUGUGCCUGAACCUGAGGAGGAGACGCCAAAGAGCGAACCAGCUGAGUGUCCCUGCAUGCACUCCGCAAAGGCCAAGGAGGCUGUCGCCAAGGCUGCAGCUAAAAAAGAUGCACCCAGGAGGGUUUCUGCUGUGCGACGGAAAAAAGAACAGGAAGCUGUGAAGAAGACAGACGAAACGCCGAGAAGGCAAGCUCUUCCUAGACUCCCGGCUCUGGAGCCAAAAGUCAAGAAAAUCCGAAGAUUAGCUCCUCUUCUGAAAGCAAAACUGAAGCAGAAGAGCAGGAUGUCAAAAACAGUGACAGAGACCAAAAAGCAGGAAGAAGCAGCAGAAUCUGCACAGGAAGUCAGUCCCUGCAGACCUGCUCCGGUUUACUGCCCGGCGCCCCCAGGAUGGUACGUUCAUCACAUCGUCACAGACAAUCCGUACCCCCCACCAACCAUGCCAGCUCCGUCUGCCCCGAUUGUGACUGUUCAUCCUGCAGCUUCACCAUCGCAGCCUCCAUAUCAACAACAGCCUGUUCCUCCACCAAUGCAGCCCUUCUAUGCUCACUAUCAACCGUAUCAGCCACCUCUGCAACCCAUGAUGCCCCCUCCUCCAGAACCUUCUGCUCCACCAGCACAACCAGAACAGCCUGAUCCGCCAGAGGCUCCCCAGCCGGAACCGCUGGUGGAGCCAGAGGCAGCGACUCCAGCUGCUGAAGCUCCGCCAGCUGCAGCUCAAGUUCAGGAACCAGAGAGAGUUUUGGAAGAAUCAAAGGCCGCCUCAGUGAAGAAAGCUGCAAAGAAAAAAAACAAGGCUGCUGACUCAGCAAAAGAUGUAGCUGCAAAAAAAGAGAAAACCAAACUUCCGGCUGAAGCUAAGAAAGAGAAGCUUGCAAAGGACAGAUCCAAACUUCCAGCUGAAGCUAAAAAAGAAAGGCCUGCAAAAGAAAAAUCGAAACUUCCAGCUGAAGCUAAAAAAGUUUUCCUCCAAAUUUUAUCAUUUUCAACAGAGAAGCCUGCAAAAGGGAAAUCAAAACUUCCAGCUGAAGCUAAAAAAGGGAGGCAUGCACAAGAGAAAGCCAAAUCUGCUCCAGUUUCAAGAAAAGAGCCUGCAGCUGUACAACAGAGGAGGAAACCAGUGUCUAAAAGGACAGCGUCAGCUGUCAAGAGCAAAGUCAGAGCGUCCACAGAUAAGAAAGAUCCAGAACCACGUCCACAGCCGCUGAGACUGAGAACCAGACUGGAAGCUGACAGGAGGACAAAUGAGACGUCUCGAGCUGAGCAGACGAGACCCGUCAGAGUUUCCUUUAAAGCAGGAAAAGCUACAAAGGCUGAAAAAAAACCUGUUAAAGAAGCUCAAGACAAAGGGAAACAACCACCAAAAACACAGACUGAAGACGACAUUACAGAGAAGACAGAAGAAAAGAAACCAAGCCAGAAAUACUUCCAGUGCAUCUAUUUCCCAGGAAAGCAUGCACACUAUCCUCUGCGACCUUUCACCCCGGCCGUGUCCCCCGCCAUGUUGUCUCCUGCCGUACGGUCGAUGCUGGAGCAGCAGAGAGCAGCCAGAGCAGCGGGGCAGUGAGCCGGCUCCCACAGCUAGCCGUGUCUCCUAAGCCAGCAGAGACAGAUCUUUAAUUCUGUGACAUCCUCUGCUUGUGAUACCGGACA